AUGUGCAUUGCAGUGGAUGCAAUGGCUUUCUCCUCCAUCGCUCAUGCCUCCCACAGUAACAGCUUUCUCCCCAUCCCAGAGUGUGGUCCCCCGAGCCAGAAGCCUGAGGAGAGCUGGGCAAAGCAUCGCACGGAGAACAGCUAUUUCUCCCUGGAGCACCGGAAAUCUGACCCUCCCUGGGCUUCCUCCCCUCCACGUGCUAGGCGCAGCACCUCGCCUGCCCGCAGCGACCCGCCACACACCAGUGGGCACCGCACUUCCUUCGCUGGCUCCCCAACUCGGGAGCCCAGCAGGUGCCCCAGCAGUGGGGGCACAGAGGGGCGGCACGGGCUGGAGAGGCAAGAGUACACGGCGCUGGCUGACCUGCCCAAGCCCAAACGCCUCAGCCACAGGGAGGCUUUCGAUCGCAGCAGCUCCCGCACACUCAGCCCCGGCCGGGUGGAGGUGGAGCGAAUAUUUGGCUGCGAGCGCAGAGCCCUGGAAGCCAGGUUGGAGCAGCACCUGGGAUGGACUGUGUGUGCCAGCAGGAAAUCAGAGACCCUGGAGGCUUUCCAGGCCCUGGAGGAGGGCCGUGUGGACCGGCUUGAUGGGAAGACCCCCGUGCCACCCAGCAAAGGUCGACUAGCUCGGAGGCAGUCCAACCCUACUCUGGCCAGAGAGGGCCAGCGGCUAUCCUGGCACCUUGAGCAGCACAGCAGAGACCUCAAGGGAUCUCUGCGCUCCCUGAGCCCGGCUCAGCAGCUGGAGAGGAACAGCAAGAGCCACAGGGAUCCCCUGCGCACGGUGAGCCCAGCUCCACGGGCAGAGAGGGAUUGGCGGAAACGAAGAGAGUCUGUGAGCCCCGUUCGGCAGCUGGAGAGAGACAGCAAAAGCCUGCACUCCAUGAGCCCGGCUCGCAGAUCGGAGAGGAGAACAGGGGAGGGUGCAAGCCCUCCCCAGCGCUCGGAGAAAGACUGGAGGAGCCGAGCGGAGUCCUUUCGCCCCACAAAUUUGGAGCACACAGAGAGAGACCGAGCUGCCUGGCAGACUGGGAGUACAGGGAAGCACCUGGACAGGAAGAGCCGAGGGAAUUCCUUGCACUCCGUGAGCCUCGGGAGGAGUUCAGAUAACAGCGGGCUCAGCCGAACAGGGCCUCUGCGAUUGGUGAGUCCUGGGAGACAGGCAGAGAGCACGUGGAAAAGCCAAAAGGAGAUCGCCCCUGCCAGCCUGGUGCGGAGCGCAGAAGGGAAAUGGAUGAACUCAGGAGAGCUGCUGCACAUUGGGGGCCCUAGGGAGCGCCCAGAGUGUGGCUGGCAGAGCCUCAGGGAAAAACUGCAGCCUUCCAGCCCAGGGAAGGGCACAGACAGUGACCGGAAAGGCCGAGGCAAGCCCCUGCGCCCUGUGAGUCCAGCACAACCGCUAGAGAAGGACUGGAAGAGUCAGGGAGAUGUCCACCAAGCUCAGAAGAUGGAAAAGGACUGGAAGCGCCAAGAGAAGCCCAUGUGCCAUGCUGACUUGAUGCACCACCUGGAAAGGGACUGGAGGAGCCCCGCUAGGUGUCUAGAUGCAGGAUCACAGCCGGACAACAACUGGAAAAGGCCUGGGAGUCCAGCGCAGCGGUUGGAAGAUGACCGGAAGAGUCCAGAGCCAGCCCGAGACUCAAACAACCCAGAAAAGCCAUUGGAAAGUGACUGGGGGAGCAAGAAGAAUUUCAUUUAUCAUUCCCAGCUGGGUGGAGGCACCCUCCCACCACAAAGCAGUGCCAGCUCCUCGGGAAGCCAACACCCAUACCUGAAUGCCAGCGAGAAACACAACAAGGUAGGAGACAGUCCCUGA